GUUACGCUCUUAUCAGUAUUAAUUGUUCGUUCGUAUCAAUUAGACGAGUGGAAGUUGAUAACAGUGCUACUUGCUUUGUCAUUGUUUAUUUUCGUCGUGUUUUUGAGUGAUUAUCCUGAAAAGAAAGAACCAACCAUGCCGUGCUGCAAAGUAUCAGUCAAGAAAACCCUGGUCUGCUCCAUGAGCGAGUGCAUCUGCAUCCCAACUGAGGGCAAACAAUAUGUCUGCCUGAGCAAAGAUGUUGACGGUAAUAUCGUACCCUGCUUCGACUGCAAGGCCGUCGUAAUGGAAGGGAAUGAAUUUAAAUGUGUCGACGAAUCCUGCAUCUGUCUUCCCACUAACGGGAAGAACUGCCUCUGUGUUUGCAAGGACGAAGACGAUAUCAUCAAGUCUUGCGACGACUGUCCUUGUAUCAACGCUGAAGAAUGCAAGGAAACUUUCAAAAGAUGCAACAAACCAGGAUGCGUCUGCUUCCCAACUAAUGGGAAGUCUUGCAUCUGUGUUUGCAAGAAGAAUGGCAAGAUAGUCCUUUGCGAGUGUAAUGGGGCCGGAACUUGUGGCAAUUCUACGUGCGUCUGCGUUUCUACUGAAGGAGCCAACUGUAUCUGUGUUUGCUGUGACGUAAAAGGCAAUAUAAAGGUCUGCAAAGACUGUACUUGUGAAGGCAAGAAGAAAGAUUCACUAGUUUGCAACAAGGAGGGCUGUGUCUGCAUUAUAACGGAUGGAAAGGCUACCAUUUGUGUCUGCAAGAAUGAUGCAGGCAAAAUUGUAUGUUGUGAUGAGUGCAUGUGUGAUGAAUCUGGCAAAUGUGGUAAGCCAGAGUGUGUUUGUAUUCCAACUAAUGGAGCAAAGUGUGUAUGUGUCUGCUGUGACGAGAAAGGCUCCAUUAAAAUCUGCAAGGACUGUACUUGCGAUGCCAAUAAGUCUGAGGCACCGAAAUGUAGCAAGGCCGAAUGCGUCUGCAUUCUAACUUUUAGUAAAUCUUGCAUCUGCGUUUGCAAGAAUAAGGACGGUAAGAUUGUCCGUUGUGGUGAUUGCAAGUGUGAUGACUUAAGCAAAUGUGACAAGGCUGGAUGUGUUUGUAUUAAAACUGAUGGAGCCAAGUGUGUUUGCGUCUGCUGUGACGAGAAAGGCUCCAUCAAAAUCUGCAAGGAUUGUACUUGCGAUGCCAACAAGCCCGAAGCCCCAAAAUGUAGCAAGACUGUAUGCGUAUGCAUCCUAACUGAAGGUAAAUCUUGCAUCUGUGUUUGCAAGAAUGAAGAAGGUAAGAUUGUCCGUUGUGGUGACUGCAACUGUGAUGAUUCUGGCAAAUGUGACAAGUCUGGAUGUGUUUGUAUUUCAACUGAAGGAGCUAAGUGUGUCUGCGUUUGCUGUGAUGAGAAAGGCACCAUUAAAGUCUGCAAGGACUGUACUUGCGAUGCCAAUAAGUCUGAGGCAUUGAAAUGUAGCAAGGCUAAAUGCGUAUGCAUCCUUACUGAUGGUAAAUCUUGCAUCUGUGUUUGCAAGAAUAAGGAAGGCGAGAUUAUCCGUUGUGAUGACUGCAAGUGUGAUGAUUCUGGUAAAUGUGACAAGGCUGGAUGUGUUUGCAUCCCUACUGAUGGAGCCAAGUGUGUUUGCGUUUGCUGUGAUGAGAAAGGCUCCAUUAAAGUCUGCAAGGAUUGUACAUGCGAUGCCAAUAAGUCUGAAGCCCCGAAAUGCAGCAAGGCUGAAUGCGUUUGCAUUCUAACUGACGGUAAGUCUUGCAUCUGCGUUUGCAAGAAUAAGGAAGGCAAGAUAGUUCGUUGUGCUGACUGCAAGUGUGAUGAUUCUGGCAAAUGUGACAAACCAGGAUGUGUCUGCAUCCCCACUGAUGGAGCUAAAUGUGUCUGCGUUUGCUGUGAUAAGAAAGGCUCCAUCAAACUCUGUAAGGAUUGUACUUGCGAUGCCAAUAAUCCCGUAGCAGCUAAAUGUAGCAAGGCUGACUGCGUUUGCAUUUUGACUGAGGGUAAGUCUUGCAUCUGUGUCUGCAAGAAUGAUGCAGGCAAGAUUGUCCGUUGUGUUGACUGCAAGUGUGAUGAUUCUGGCAAAUGUGACAAGGCUUUAUGUGUUUGUAUUAAAACUGAUGGAGCUAAGUGUGUCUGUGUCUGCUGUGACGAGAAUGGCUCCAUUAAAGUCUGCAAGGACUGUUCUUGCGAAGUCAAAGAGUCUACUGUAACUGAUGCUAAGAAAUGCUGCGCCUAAAUUCUAUAACUAUAUUGUAUUCUACGUACUGGACUUCUACAUUAUAUAACAAAUGUAUAAUUAUAUAGAAUAGGUAUGCUUAAUAUUUUUUUUAUCACUAUAAUCUUUUUAAUCACAUGUUUAUUGUUGUUAUGGGCUUAUGUUUAUUCUAUUGAAAUAGGUGAAAUGAUAAAUAGAUAUGUAAGUAUUAAGAUAUGAUGUUUUUGGAUUAUUUUAAUUCGGGCUUGGUGUAUUUACUUCUUAUAUUGCUUUGAAAUGUAUUGUGUGUUUAUUGGAAAUAAAUAAUA